AUGGCCCUAUACAACCCAGUCUCGUGUUCCACACAACUCCAUUUCACCCACAAUUACAAGAAAACACCGCCACCACUUACCUUAUCGCUCAAGGGCUGCUUCGCUGCCCAAAAUCCCAAAUCGGGUUGCCGGAAUACUAGCAGCAGAAGAAGAAUUUCGGUGGUUACACGGGCAGGGCCUAGCACCAGCAGCUACAUAUUCGCCUUUGUCUUGCCUCUCUCUCUCUUGGCGGUCACCGUAUUCACUUCUAUUAGAAUUGCUGACAAGCUCGACCAGAAGUUCCUCGAAGAGGUUGCAAUAAAUGAAGCUAUAUUAGAAGCAGAAGAAGAUGAUGAAGCUAAAAUUCAUUCAGAAAAGGAACCUGCACCACCACGCAUCCGCAAUCGGCCCAAGCGUAAAGUUGAGCCAUCAUCUAAUUAA